UAUUGACCAAGUCAAUGGACCUCGAGAAGGGAGAGAACGGUCAACACUUGCACUUUGGGAAAGGGGAGUUCAUUCCCUUCGAGCCCAAGGAAGUCCUUGGCUCCGGUCGAUUUGGAGAAGUUGAUAGAGUGAUUAGCCUCAUCACUUACAAAGAAUACGCCAGAAAAAGCAUCAGCCGCCGUCUAGCUUUUGACAGCGCGCGGAGACGCGAGGCGGUUGAGGCCUUCAUCAAAGAAAUCCACAUUUUGAAAACCCUCAGGCAUCAGCACACAGUUCAACUCAUCGGCACCUAUACCGAUUCGACAUCCUUUUGCUUCAUCAUGUCCCCUGUAGCUGAUAUGAACCUCUCGGCGUACCUCUCAGAUACUGUGCUAUCGUCUUUGGCAAAAAAAGCUACACUACGAACUUUCUUUGGAUGUCUUUCCUGCGCGGUUCGGUACUUGCAUGAUAAUCGGAUCCGUCACAAAGACAUCAAGCCGCAAAAUAUUCUUGUGAAAGGAAAAAAGCUGUUACUCGCUGACUUUGGUAUCUCCCAAGAUUACAAUGGAACGCAGAGUACAACGUCAGGUCCCGCACCAUUUUCACCGCGUUAUUGUGCUCCUGAAGUUUCACUCCAGCAAUCACGCAAUUACUCUUCGGAUGUAUGGUCUCUUGGUUGCGUAUUCCUUGAAAUCACAGCAGCGCUCAAGUCUUGGACCGUUGACCGCCUUCAUACAUACUUCGAACUUGAAGGAACUCAAGAACGGUUUAUUCGUCAAAAUGAUCUGGGCUUGCAAACCCUACUCGUCAUACUCAGUAAUGAAGGCUCUGCCAUAGAUAACUCACCUCUGAAUUGGACAAAAGAAAUGUUGAAGAUCGAUCGACACGACCGCCCAACGGCUGCUACCAUCGCGGAGGCUACCAUGGAGCAGACCGACAGCGGGUCCCGGUUUUGCGGCAUGUGUUGCUUGAUACAAGAAGAUGACGAUCUUGAUAGUCUUAUAGGGUUCGUCGACGACAAACACGGAGAAACACCAAUGCAGCCCGCCCCUUUUCCGCCUGCAGAUGAUGAUGUGGACACAGACGAUAGCGCGGAGACAUGGGAUUACGGAGAGACAGACUCAAAUUAUACGGGAGAUAGUUAUGAAGUAAUCGAGUCAGAGUCGCAGCAAUCAGUGGGUAUGAAGAGAUGUAGACAUCGGGUCUGCUACACGUGCUUGUGCUACCUAUUUGAGCACGCGGUCUUCAGCCCCGAAUUCAUGCCACCCUCCUGCUGCUUGAAAUCGGCAUUUACGUUUGACAUGGUAGACUGCUUGUUUAGCAGAGACUUCAAAUUACGUUGGCAAAUAGCCUGCAAGAUUACUUAUAUAAAGGAUAAAGAGGGUUUCAUGCAUGGAGAACCAUACAUUCAUAAGUCUAUGCUCCAGCUUCUUUGCUGGUGCAGAUUGUCAGAUGCCCAGUGGUAUAUUUUCAUUAGCAGUAUGGAAGAGGGGCAUGUGUUCAAGAUCUGUAGCACUUGUAAGGGGUUGAGAUGUUCAUUAUGCGCUUGGUCGUGGCCAUCUCCGGUAAUCAGCGAGUGGGAAGAGGAUAGCAAUCUGUCGUCAGAAUUAUCACCUAUGUCGCCUAGCCCCCGCGGGGCUCUUGAAGAUUGGUAGAGAACGAAGUAGUGCCAUGCAUCACAUAAAAGGAUCUUUGGCUUCGGCUCCACAUCACACCGGACACAUGUGUAUACAGAGGAAUUCGACGAAAACACGAGUUCUACCUCUAGUGAUGGUUCUUUGAGGGCAGGUGAAAGAUCGCCCUAUGCCUCACCUUUGGAGGAGUGAGGCUUACGUAGAGCCUAAGGAAGAUGAUAGGGAUCGCGAUAAGAAGAAACCUUACCCGAAGCCUGCGCUUAGGAGGAACGAAACCGACGUCUAUUAGCAUCCUUGUGUGCCAGGCCCCUAGACCAGGAUUCAAUAUCGAUAACCUUGUUUACUGGACAUAAAACCUUC